CCGCGCUGUGUCCCGUCCGUCCGGCGGGCGGGUGAUUGUCAGUGUCGCCGGGCGGGCUCGGCCCAUCGGUCAGGUGACAGGCGGCCGCCGGGAGCGGUGCGGCGCGGACCGGCCUGAACGGAGCGGCACUCGCCCCUUCUCGCCUCGCCUCCGCGAGAUGCAGGGCGGCUCUGCGGCGGCGGGGAUGCGGCCGCCGCCACUUGCCGCCCGCUGAGCUGCAGCGAGAGGCGCGGUGGGGCCGCCGCCGGGCGGGGCGGCGGUAGGGGCAGGGCGGCAGCAUGGCCCCCACCCUGCUUCAGAAGCUCUUCAACAAAAGAGGCGGCAGCGCAUCGGCCCCCCACGGCCGGGCUCCAGGGGAGGGGCCCGCCUUCAGCUGGUCCUCUUCAGAGUUUAACUUGAAUGAAAUCCGCCUGAUAGUUUACCAAGACUGUGAGAGGAGAGGCAGACAGGUCUUAUUUGAUUCCAAAGCAGUCCGCAAAAUUGAUGAAGCUGUGGUUCAGAAAAUGGCAGAGGAUGCUUCUGCAAAGACUUCAGCAAAGAACUGUCAAGCAAACAAUGGAAACAGCAAUAUUUCUUCCCAUAGUCCCUCAAGCUGUGUGCAAAGUUUCAAAGAACAGAUACCGAAGUAUCAGUAUACCAGACCAGCCUCUGAUGUCAACAUGCUGGGAGAAAUGAUGUUUGGGUCAGUGGCAAUGAGUUACAAAGGCUCCACCUUGAAAAUUCACUAUAUACGCUCUCCCCCACAGCUGAUGAUAAGUAAAGUCUUCUCAGCCAGAGUAGGAAGCUACAGUGGAAGCAACAAUAACUUACAAGAUAGCUUUGAAUACAUCAACCAAGAUCCCAGCCUGGGAAAGCUGAACUCUAAUCAGAAUGGUUUGGGAACCUGUCGCAGCGGAAGUAAUUUAGGUAUGUUACAGCUGUGUAGCAGCAAACUGCUGCAGGGUAUGUCUGAAGGAGGUCCCCUCCGGCUCAUCCGCAGUGCUUCUUUCUUUGCAGCACACAGCACGCCUGUUGAUAUGCCUAGCAGAGGACAAAAUGAGGACAGAGACAGUGGCAUUGCUCGGUCAGCAUCUCUGAGCAGUCUUCUGGUCACUCCUUUUCCAUCUCCAAGCUCGUCAUCGUCAUCUUCCAGCAGCUACCAACGUCGCUGGCUCCGAAGCCAGACAACUAGUUUAGAGAAUGGAAUUAUUCCAAGGUGGUCCACUGAAGAAAUGUUUAGUAUGGCCGAUGAAAGCUGCAGCUCCAAUCCUGCGAUGGUUCGGAGGAAAAAAAUUGCAAUCAGCGUAAUCUUUUCUCUGCCUGAGAAAGAAGCAGCACAGAGAAACUUCCAGGAUUUCUUUUUCUCUCACUUUCCUCUUUUUGAAUCUCACAUGAACAAGCUGAAAUACGCGAUAGAAAAGGCCAUGAUCUCAUGUAGAAAAAUAGCAGAAUCCAGCCAGAGAGUGCAGGUUUAUAUCAGCCGUGUCAUGGAUGCCCUGGGAGAAUUCAGAGUUACCAUCUGGAACCUAUAUUCUGUUCCAAGGAUUGCAGAGCCUGUGUGGCUUAAUAUGAUGUCCAGCACCCUGGAAAAGAAUCAGCUAUGCCAGCGUUUUCUUAAAGAAUUUACAUUUUUGAUAGAACAGAUCAACAAAAAUCAGUUCUUUGCUGCUUUGUUAACGGCGGUGCUGACGUACCACCUGGCGUGGGUCCCUACGGUGAUGCCAGUCGACCACCCUCCUAUAAAGGCCUUCUCUGAGAAGCGCACGUCGCAGUCUGUGAACAUGCUGGCGAAAUCCCACCCGUAUAACCCUCUCUGGGCACAGCUUGGUGAUCUCUAUGGUGCUAUAGGCUCUCCAGUUAGAUUGACUCGAACUGUUAUUGUUGGAAAACACAAGGAGUUGGUGCAGCGCUUACUCUAUGUUCUGACUUACUUCAUCCGGUGCUCUGAGCUGCAGGAAAAUCAGCUGAUGUGGAGUGAGAAGGCUGAGGAAGGAGAGCAAGUGUUAAAUGGAAGCAAGAUCACAACUGCACUAGAGAAGGGAGAGGUAGAGGAGUCUGAUUAUGUAGUUGUCACUGUUAAAAAUGAACCUGCUCUUGUGCCUCCAAUCCUACCUCCAAAGAAUGAUGGGAGUAAGAACAGUAGUACUGCAGAGUGGGUACAUGACCCAGAAAGCACUCAUACUGUCACAGGCUCUUCAAAAGAAAAGAGAGAAGCAACAGGAAAGGCCUGUCAGAACUCUGAAACAUCUGUUGACUGUCUAAGUAGCAGUUUCUGUAAAGGAGUAGCUGAUGGUAGAAAAAGAUCCGUCACUGAUACAGGAGUAAUAUCCUACCACUUGGAAGAACCAUUUAAAUCGGAGGAUUUAAUGGAUAUGAAGAAGAACAAGAACCAAAAUGAGAGAAAAGUGGAAAAACAGUUGUCUACCAGGUCAUCUGCCUUACCUUGUCCUGAAAGAUCUGUCCACAGGAGUUCACAUUUAGAAAAGGUCACCUUUCAGAUUGGAAGUUCUGCAUCACCAGAGUCAGACUUAGAAACUCACGGGAGAGAAAUGGCAGAAAAUUUGAAAGCAUUGAGAAAAAAUCCAGAGGUGAUACAUUGUGCCUCAAGUUCCACAAAUCUGUCUGUGGAUGCUUCACAGAAUCAAAAAGAAUGUUGUGAAGCUACCUUUAUACCCUUGAGUAAACAUGUUUGUCAUGCACAAGUCCCACCUCUUGAGAAGGGGAACGUACUUCACAAACAUACGGAAAGUAAAGGAACUGAAGUGAAUUUGGUGAACACAGUACCUAGUGAACCAUUUUUGCCCACAGGUAACGUAGAAACUGGAAAAUUGUCGAGCCUGAAAGAAACUAGAACUUUAUGCUCUGACAGUCUGGAGAACUAUUCCCCUGACUGUGUAGAAGUAGGUUCGGCUGUCAAACAGGAUUCCCCUAAAGUAGGUGCUAAAGAUGUCCCCUAUGGGGAUGCUGAGAGGAAAAUCCCCUUUAGAGUUGAAGGGGACAUUCCAAGGAAUGAGAGUUCAGACAGUGCUCUUGGAGCCAGUGAUGAAGAAGGUGAUUGUUGUAUCCCUGACGAAGUGCAUCGUGAUAACAUCAGCAAAAGAUUUGAAGAGUUUGCAGAAGUGGAACUUCCUUUACCGAGGUCAAAUACAAUCAGCAGUCAAUGUGUGAAGAACUUUGGAAGAUCACUUCUAGGUGGUUACUGUCAUACGUAUAUCCCUGAUCUAGUUCUGCAUGGAAUAAAUAAUGAUGAAAAACUCAAGCAAUGUCUACUAGCAGACCUACUUCAUGCAAUUCAUCAUCCGGUGCUAGAUGAGCCCAUAGCAGAAGCUGUCUGCAUUAUUGCAGACACAGAUAAAUGGAAUGUACAAGUAGCUACAAGCCAGAGAAAGAUGAUGGACACUGUGAAGUUAGGCAAGGAUGUUUUGGUUUCAAGUCAAGUAUCCAGUUUAUUGCAGUCUAUUUUACAGCUUUACAAACUCAACGUUCCAGCUGACUUUUGCAUAAUGCAUCUUGAGGAUAGACUACAAGAGAUGUAUCUCAAAAGCAAAAUGCUUUCAGAAUACCUCCGAGGACAUACAAGAGUGCAUGUAAAAGAACUAGGAAUUGUGUUGGGGAUUGAAUCCAAUGACUUGCCUUUGUUGGCUGCUAUAGCAAGUACUCAUUCCCCGUAUGUUGCUCAAAUACUCUUAUAAAUUAAAGUCUCAGGAUAGCCAUUCCCUUAAAGUAAAAUAAAGUGGGAAUGUUGAAUGAAGAACAGAGGUGCAAAACACUGGCAAAGGGGAACACUGAGGAAAGCAGGUGAUGACUGUACGUUCUACCACCUUCUGAUUCUGAUUCAACUGGACAUUUUAUCAGAGGACUUCAGUUUACAUAACGUAAAAGGCAUUCAGGUUUUUCUUACAAUCUCACUUCUGACUUAAAUCAAGAAAACAACUGCACCCUUGCAUUUUCUUUUUACUCUAAGGGCAAAAGUUAACACUACUAUGUGGCACACCAGGAGCUGCCAUCCAAAACGCUGCUCAAGACCAUGAAGUAACAGUUAAAAGAACAAGCGGGUUAGAACGGCCUUCGUAAGACUUUGCUUGUGGUGUUUUUCUUUACUGAGGAGGAGCUGUAAACUAUGUAUAUAGCAUUCCUAUACACAAGUGUAGUAGAUGGGACAUGAUUUUCAGGCAGAGCAUACACAUGAUGAUGUAUAGUAGAAGUGAUGGGCUCAGAACAAAGAACCUGAAUUCAGCAGCCCCAUGUUAUGUGGGAAUCGAGGUGCGCGUGAGGUCACGCGACUUUGCGCUUUAAGGACAAGAGGUUAAAAAAGCUUUGUCUGCUUCUGUUUUAAUGAGGAGUUGUUCAAUGGGCCCAUGGCUAGAAGGCGGAUGGAACGGACUUCUGAGAUAGGGAUUUUGUGGGAAAGCCUUAUGGAAUCUCUGCUACAAGUUUACAUUUGUUGCUGAUGCAACUUCAACAACUCUUUUGAGUUUCUGUAUGACUGUAGUCCUGGGAACUCAGCCUGUGUCUAGGUGUCAUUGAGUGUUACUCUCUCAGAGUAUGAAUUUGCCAAACUUGUGUAUGAUACCAGUGCUGUUAGUGCAUGGCUUUGCACACCUACACCAAGUGAUGGGCACAAACCGAAGACAGGCUUAUUGGGAAAAUACAAGGCAACAAACAACACCCCCCCACCCCCUUGCCUCCAAACCUUUAGUCAAAAAGGAGUACUUUUUUUCCAUCUACUAGUUGUCACUCUUAAGUAGGAAUAAAAGAGGAACAUUGUUUGAAGUAAAAUGAAGUGUAGGGGCCAAACCCCAAUAUUUGAUAUUACUAUGAAUGUUUGCAAUUACCCUUUUUGAUUCUACAGAAAUCUUGAACUAUCAACCGGGUGCCUUUCCUUAAUAGGUUAACUACUCUGAGACCAGAAACUACUUCUCCUUUAGUUGAUACUGGCCUUCUGUGUUUCUAGAAAGCGAAAUAAAUUUUUGUAUUUUACCGUUUUCAUGUGGUUGAUAACAUGAAUGUAAAAACAAAAAUGUACCUUUUUUGCAUAAAGCACUGUUAAGCUGGAUGUGGACCAGACUGAGGAGAGAACAAAGGAUCGAAACAAACAUUUUUAAGGGAAUGGAAGACUCAAUGUUGGACAGUUCUGUUGUGUGCCAGCAUGAAUGAGAUGUCUGAAAUUGUCAGCCUGCAAGCAAAUUGCUAGCAACGGGAUUGCUCGAGAAUAGCAAAUGUAAGAAACUCCUCAUCACUGGUUGCAAGUUCUCCUCGUUGGCAAUUACAGAUUUUUAACACUGAAGGGACACACUUUUAUUAAGUGUUUUUAUUUCCUACUACCUUGAUGUUUGGACUUUUUCUACAGUAAACUUGCAGUGAUUUGAAACAAUGAAAUGUGCAUAUUGUGAGUUGUUUAAAUGUGAUGGGGGGUUCUUGAUUAACCUUGUGUUGCUUUUUGAGGGAAAUAGGUAGACUGACAUACUGUGAAGAGAGGUUGUUUCCAAGCAAAGGAGGAAUACUUAGUAUUCUGAUUUGAUGCUUCUAAAGCUGUUCUUUAUAUGUUAGGGUUUCUGACCUGACAUUCCAUAUGUCUCUCUUAUUGCAUUUUCUUACUUUUCCCUAGUGUACUGCCUAAAAAGGCUAAAGUCUUUCAGUGGUUCAGAUUUUCUUCUACUGCUAAGCAAACACUUUUUAUCUUUGGUCUGUGAAUCCUUCUAUCUGCUGGAAAGUAAACUUGCCUCUGCAUAUAGCUGUUAAGCAGAUAGCACUCUCUAUUCCCCAACAUUAGGGCAAAGAACGAACCAUGGAGCAAAUCACAUAUUCCUAAAUUACCCCUGUGAUGGAGAAUGUAUGCGUGCGCAUGUGUAAGGCUAUGAAACUGCUUCUCUUGAGUGUAUAUAGAAGUCCUCAUGUACUUUCUGUAUUUCAUGUCACUCUUAAAGAGUAGCUGAAAGCCAAUUCCAGUUCUCAGAGUACUAGUUGGAUUUUUGCCUGAACAGAUUCUGAUAAUUUUUCCAAGAAAUAUGUGCUAACAUAAAAAUAUGUGCUUUUUUUAUCAUGGAGUGUACUGAGGAAGUCAGAGGUUAGCCAGCAUUCAGUGAUUUCAAGACUAGUGCCCUGAUCAGUAACACUUGAUUUUACGAUGGCUAUUUAAAAAAAAAUAUAUAUAUUUUAAAAAUCUACCUUUUGUCCAGAUCUAUUAACCGAGGGGUGGCGUGUGACCUGAUGCUCAAAAGCACUUGGAUUUUCUUCAGCCCAUGCUAUAACUUUAUAGUUCGUGCUGCUUUCUCUAACAUUUUGCUGCUCUUCAGAAAUUACACGAUGAACUAUCUUGUUCUCACAGUUUUAGUUUUGGGAGAGAGAAAAUCCAAAAUGAAAGCUGUUAAUUACCUUUAAAAGGCUUUAGACUAAAGAAAGUUCAAUACGUAUUUUCCCUUCCACCAAAUGUACUACCUCAGUUGACAGGAUUCCACCUUCUAGGGCUUUUUUUGUUUCUAAGUCUUUUAAGUUGUUUUUAGUAGUAUCUUGCUCUUUAUGUAAAUUAGUGUGGCAUGACAGGACAGUAAGUAUUUACAGAUGUGUUGUUAGACAUCUUUAGGGCAUGUUUUUGUUUUUAUUUUAAUAGGAUAAAAAGUGAUAUGAAUGUACAGAUGUGUUUAAAAUUGAUAAUGUAGCUUAAUUUUCAAAUAUUCCAAAGUUGGUUUUAUCAGUAUUAUGUAGUUUUUUUGUAAACUUAAAUACAUACUUUCUUGGUUAAGUGGGAGUGCACAGUCUUUCCAGAAUCCCACAUAAAUGCAGUUUACACAGUGUAAUUUAAAGAAUGUAUGCGCUUUUUUUUUCCAGGCAAGACUAGACUUUUAUCCACAAUGGAAAGGAAGGAACUGCUAAAUUGUAGUAUUUAAUCUAAAGGAAUUUUUUAACCUCAAACAAUACCAAGAUCUAAACAUUUUAAGUAGGUAUUCUCUGAACUAACGUAUACAACUUCGGCCCAAAAGAAAUGAAUAGGCACUGAUUCUGUAAUUCACGUUUCUAACAACAUCCUCCAGAGUUACAGGUUGAUCUUCACUCCCUACUCUAUUAAUCUUUACUCUCAAAAUCAAAACCCCUUUUCAGAUAUACCAAACUCUUGUAUAUAAAGUUUACACAAAAUGAUCACUUAUCCCUCAAAUACAACUUCUACUUCAAUUCAAAGAACCUCAAUCAAAACCAAGUCUGAACUGCUGAAUAUACUAUAGACUUUUUGGUCUUGAGGUCAAGUGGGCUGAUUUAACAUACAUAGCGGUCUUUCCAUAGUAGAAAAAAAUGUGUGUUGCUGUUGCAUGUUUGGAGAGCAUAGGCUUUUUUAGGAAUGACCGAAUACCAAUGUCAAACUACAUGGAUUUUUUUUCUUAUAGUUGUUUAUGUAUGCUCUCAUUUUGGUCUAUUUCUUUGCGGCAUUU